GAUUGGUAGUUUUUUUAUAGUCCCAACAAUAUAAAUUUCUUAUUUUGGAGUCUCUUUACAUGAUCCUUAAUUUGGAAGACAUGAACAAACCCCAAUAAAAGGGUUUUUUUUAUUUAUUUAUUUAAUUAAUCAAUAAGAGAAAUAUUCAUUAAUUAAUAACUUCCCAUUCUCUCUUGACUUUAGUUCUUAAAAUUUAGCUUAUUAUUAAAGCUCUCUUUUUUCUUAACAAACUCAUCCUAAAAGAGAAAGCCUAAGCUUCAAAAUCAAACCCCUUUUCAGUAUCCAUAUUAAACCACUUAAUAUUAUUAUUAAUAACAACUUAAAGGGUAGUCUUUCCUUUACUUUUUUUGAUAAAAAAACUCAUAAAGUUGUUACCUUUAUCAAUGGAAGAGAAUAUUAAGAAUAAUGAGAUUAUGUUACCUGGUUUUAGAUUUCAUCCAACAGAUGAGGAGUUAGUUGGGUUUUAUCUCAACAGAAAAAUUCAACAACAUCCUCUUCCUCUGCCUAUUGAGCUCAUCAAACAAGUUGAUAUAUACAAAUAUGAUCCUUGGGAUCUUCCAAACUUGGGAAGUAGUACAGGUGAGAAAGAAUGGUAUUUCUACUGUCCAAGAGAUAGAAAGUACAGAAAUAGUGCUAGGCCUAAUAGAGUAACUGGAGCUGGGUUUUGGAAAGCAACAGGUACAGAUAGGCCUAUUUAUUCAUCUGAUGGAACUAAGUGUAUUGGGUUGAAAAAAUCACUUGUGUUCUAUAGAGGCAGAGCUGCUAAAGGCAUGAAAACUGAUUGGAUGAUGCAUGAGUUUCGUUUGCCUUCUUUGACAGACUCAACAACAACAACAACAACACCAUCACCAUCUAAGAAUCAUAAGCUUUUUGAUAAAAGCUUUCCUGCCCAUGAUGCAUGGGCUAUAUGUAGGAUAUUCAAGAAGACAAACUCAAUGGCACAAAGAGCUCUUUCUCAUUCUUGGGUGUCUAGUCCUUUACAAGGAAUUAUUACACCAGGGGACUUACUCAUGUCUCAAACUCCAAACUUUACUCAUUUUAGUCCUCAAAAUAUUCACCUACCCAACUCAACACCCACUUUUACAGCUCAAGAAAUCUCUCCUUACAAGCCUCCUAUUAACUCUUUUCCAAAUGGAGAGUUUCCCAAUGAAUUUAUGUUCUCUCCUCCAUCAGAGGGACAAACAAAGUCAACAACAUUUGACUCAGCUUCCAUGCUCUUAAUCCCUGAAAGUACAGUAGAUGAGUUCAAUGGCUUCUCUGUUAAUAUGCAUACAACCAUGGAGACAAUAUCACCAGAAGAAGAAGACUUGAGUGGUUUAAAGAAAAACCCAGAAGAAACUGAGGUCAAUAAUCAAUGGGGAAGCAUUAGAUCAAUUGGAUUUCCUUUCAAUUUGCCACAAAAUGAUAUUAAUUGGAAACCAACUCUGUUUUGGGACACAGAAUCACCUAGUGAUAUAAUGUCCACAAGCAAAUGUUACAACUAGUUAAAGUUUGAUUUUGAUGAUACAGAAAAAUCUUGGGGUACCAAACCGGUACUAGUAAUGUAGUGUACUACCCUUUUGAGCCAUGAAUUAAAUUGUUUAUGUAAGAUAAGAUUAUUUAUUAGGUUCAUUAGUACAGUACUACUGGUACCUGUUAGGUACCUUAAUUAGAUGAUUUCUUAUCUUAUCAUAAAAAGCUAAUUUUGUGCUUGU